AGGAAACCCCCGAGGCACGGGGAGAACAUGCAAACUCCACACACCAUCAAGGCAGAGGCGGGAAUUGAACCCCCAACCCUGAAGGUGUGAGGCAAACAUGCUAACCACUAAGCCACCGUGCACCGUAUAUAUAUUAACAAAGCCAAUGGCAACUAUGAAAAAUAGACAAAAUAGACUAUUUAUAUACAUUUAUAGACUAUAGACUAAAGUAUUUAUAUACAAAAAUAUUAAUUUUAGACUGAUGACUGAAAUGAAAAUAUCUUAAACAUAUAUAUACAUGUCUAAAAAGCAAUUUUUUUUUACUUUAUGCUAUUCAUCUUUACUGGGCACAUGAGGACACUUGCAUUGUGGCAUUAAUGAUGUAGAGCAUAAUGUUUUUGUGACAGUCACCAUUCUAUUUUCAAAACCUGUUUUCAAAGGUGCUGUUUUCAUUGUUCCCACGGCAACCUUAAAAAUGUCAUGAUGAAAAUUCAUUGGGCUCCCAUUGAGCAUGGCUGUUUCUAUAGCAACGAGAAGAGAGAUGGAUGAGUAAGAGACAGUGAUUGUGCAUGUGUGUGCAUGGUAUGUGAGAAAGUGACUAAGAAAAAGCAAAAAUAACGAAAGGAGUAAAAGGUGAAAAAAAAACGUGAAGUAGGUUGUAGCAUGUGAACAAGAGAUUGCGAUACUACUGUAAUUAGUGGUCUGUGUUUCUUCCUAAUGGUUUUAUUAUGGAUAGAAGGAAAGACAAUGAGUUAAAAGACUGGCAUGCCUGAUAUGCUUUGACAUUCGAAACGUACUGUAUUCCUGUGACACUCCACUGUCUCCAGUCUGACCUCCCACCCCCAUCCUCACCCUGAACAACGCCCUCUCAUCACCUCCUCAAGCCCUCCCUCCACUGAGGAUUUGUCUCUCACUGGCAGAGCCUGUGGUUUGUAAUCAGAUGACAGUAGGCGAUAAUCCAACACUACACUCACUUGUGCUAGGUUUUGUGUACUUCUUCAAGAGCACGCAGGAAGAGACGAGAAACGAAGGAGGAGGGGAAAGAGGGACUAAUGUGAAAGCUUUCCAGACGUUUGGAAUGUGGGAGGCUGUGACUAAGAGGACAGGAUGAUGGUUUAGGGGUCAGUCAGAGGAUGUGUUUUAUGAUGCAGGUUUUUCAAAAUGACACAGGAAAAACACUCUGAACCUGGACUCUACCUCCCUAGCAACCAUCUUGGUUUUGCCCGAUCAGAGAUGGAGCUUGAUCAUGAGCACCCAAUUAUCUCCUUAUCUAAGAGUUUCUCAGACAUGGCCAGUGGUCAUACUCAGCGAGUCGAUCUAGCCAGGUACCGGCAACAUCUCCGCAAAUCUGUCAGCAAUGCGGGCUACCCUCAGAGACCAGUCGUUAGGGGAAGAUCUGUCACAGGCAUGCCUUCAUCUUUGGAGCUUGAGAAAUGUAGCAUAGCUAUAGGUGGUGUUGAUACCAGACCAGAGACUGUUUUCUGUUGUGGGCAAGCUACACAGCCCUGGAACAUCAGUGAGGACUCACAGCAGGCAUACGCUGCCGAAAGGUGUGCGCCAUGUUCCCCUUCCAUGAACAGGAUAGGCUGUCUAGAGGGUAGGGAGUCAUGUUGCCAAUGUUAUGAAGAGGAAAACUUGAAAGCCAGUAACAAAGUGGUUUAUGGGAGGUUGUCUCCUGCUCUAGGCACCAGGCUCCAUAUUAGGAAUACACACAGCCCUGCACAUCAAGGGAUGGGUGAUGAACAUUGUACACAGAGUCCUUUUAAAGGUGAGAGGCAGCAUUUACCAGCAUGCAGGUCUGUAUGUGUUAAUAAUGCACUGAAUGCUGGUCCCUUCAAAAAAACUUGUCAUGUUGUGCCCUGUCAUGGACAUUUAUUACCUUUACCAGCCUGUACAGGAAGUCCUUGUUUACCCGAAAGGUCACUACUCCAUUCACCUUGGCAUGGUUUUCCACCCCUGGUGUCAUCUGUCAGUGAGACGAGACUAAACAGUCAGGCUGCAGGUCACUGCUAUGGACCUGAAACACAUGGGACGAACAUUUCUACCUUCAGACAACAACAAAAUAGACAGUCUGGGAUUGUCCAUCGGACAGUAAGAGAUGCCUGCAACAUGACAUCUCAAAAGAACUUUAGAGAAGUUGGUGUGCAAACCAUGUCUACAGAUUCCCUUAUUUCUCCUCUCUCUAAUGCUUUCCCUGAGAUCAGUAUAACAACUCAUCCAUGUUCAAACACAAGUCCAGAUGGAGAUGAUGUGGAGACCAGGAUCUCAGUAAAGGAGGUGGAAUGGGAUGCAGAGGGAAUGACAUGGGAGGUCUAUGGGGCAGCUGUAGACCCAGAGGAGCUUGGCCUGGCCAUCCAGCGUCAUCUAGAGCUUCAGAUCAAAGAAACAGCAGCUGCUGCUGCUGCUGAGAAGAAAACAUCUGCAGAGAAUACUUGUCCCUCAAUGCAACAAAACAACCGACAAAGAAAGAAUGAAAAUAUGGUACGAUUAUUGUGUGGUCCAGCAUGCUUUUCUCAGUCCACUGCUGUCGAAGACUGAGGACAUAAAUGAAAUUGUAAGCUUAUGAGCAUGUAAACUGCCUUCUUUACCUCUAAAUUACUUUUUUGAAUUAAUAUUCCAGACGACAUCUAAGUACAGGGUAUGUGUCUGUUCAUCCCUUAAAGUCCCAGCUUAUUAAUCAUUUAUAACUCUUGAAGCAGAGAACUAAUAAAUUCUCUGAGGAAAUUCGAAGAUUCUGGAGGUUUACACUCAGGAACAACUGAACGGCAAUACUUAAAACUAUCGUACACGUGUAUAUUGUACCUGAGUAAAAUCUGACCGUGGUAAAUCUGGUAUCUGGAGAAAAUGGGUAACAUGAUAGGGCAAUUGGCUGUAAACAAUCAAAAUACUCUUUCAAAUUUAUAAUUACAAGUCUGCAAUCAAAAGCUUACUGUAAAGUACAGAUCAUAAUGAAUUGGUUACAUUUAGUAUUUGUGCUUUGACAGAACAAAUGAGAUUCUGAUAUCUAUUAUGCUUUACUUUCUCACUGCUAGCAGGUAUUGAUUAAAUCAUGUACAUGCUUUAUUUUAUUUCAAACGUAACAUACGAUUUUAACGGCGAGAUGGUGGUGCUGUUUUAUUUACUUAAUUUAUUGAAUACUGUUCAGAAACAUAAAAACAGACAUUAUUAAGUUUUUCGGAAUAACGAAGACAUUAUAGGGUACAUUAAUUACUUACAAACCAUAAAUCACAAAAAAACAACAAAAAAACAAAAACGAAUGGAAACCAUGUCUACUGAUUUGCCAGUUUCUCUUCACGAUGUGUUUCCUUAUUAAUAAUUCAUGCUUCGUAGGAAGUUACUCAAAAUUUUUUUUUUAAAUUUGGAAAAUUCAACUGGACAGAGGUGAUAGUCAGUAUUGUUCUAAAACUUUAGACAUAUCUGACACUAUUAAGGAAUUAUCACCUGCCUUCAGGGUCAUAGUUUUAUGAUGCGAUCUUCUUACUGUGUAUUUUAUUGUCACUAUCUAUAUUCAAGGGAAGAGUAAACUGAAGCAUUCAUAGCAGAAUCAAUUAUGGUUCUUCAAAUUUGUGUGGUGAAAAAGCUAUAACAAUGUGUGUGUGUGUGUGUGUGUGUGUGUGUGUGUGUGUGUGUGUGUGUGUGUGUGUGUGUGUGUGUGUGUAUUUUGCCAAUUCUGGUCAAAUCUCAGAAUGUAUUCACAGCUUUAUUCUUUUGCCAAAGCAAGUCAUACCUUUCUUUAGACCACAGCAUUGUGAUUCACUGUCAAUAGAUAAACAAUAUAAUAAUCUAAACGGUCUAAUAAAAAUGAUCUUAAUACAUGUUACUUAAUGGAAGUGUGAACAACUGCUUUUGUCUGCAUAAGUGCAAAAAUAAAUUGUUUGGAAAAAAUAAACCUUCUUUUAUUCAGACUGCAUUAAAUACAUGGUGAUGCGACACGGAAUACAAAAAGCAGGUGUUGUUGUCUUUAUGUGUAAGAGCAUCUAAGUUUCUGGACGAAUCAUUUAGAGAGCAGAUGAGGAUCCUGUUAAACCUGGUGAAUAUUGUUCUGGUAAAAUGCUCUGGACAAUUCUAUUGUCCUUCGGUUGACAUUUUGUGCGUUUGGAUGAUCAGGCACAUUCUCCGGUUUUGACAGUACUGGAGCACCUCAUCUCACUGUGUUUGUGAUGUUAUUGUUGUAUCAUGUUACAUCAUUCAGAGAAAACACAACAAGUCGACCGGGGUGUCGACGUUAGCUAACGCUCCAUCUAAAGACUAUCACUAUUCUGUAAUAUCAUUAAUCUCAGAAUCUGACAGUGUUUAAACAUAGUUUAUAACAACUUCAUAUUUGACAUGACAGGAUUGUAAUAGAAAAAUGUUGUGAAUAACAAAAAUGAACAUUGAACAUUCUUUACCAACA